GUGACGUUGGGGGUCGAAUGGUGUUUUGACAGGCCGAGUGCUCAACGCCGCUGAUAGACCAUUGGUCCAGCCUUUGGGGAGGAGGGUCCAGGUGUUGGCAAGUCGUCGGGGAAGCUCUGGAGGAAGGGAGAGACAGGGUGGGAUGGGGGCCGUGGGGGAGACCUAAAACGCGGCGGAGGGUCGAACAUGGCGCGCAGCGGUCGAGCUGUUGGGAAGGUACUGGCGGAGAGGUUGGCGAUGUCACCGCGCAGAGCAGCCGCUCUCAGACAUUUGACUACUUGGGAAAUUUUGCUGAGCAAGGUACCUCUGCUACAAGUACCUGGAACACGCUGUGUCUUUUCAAGAAGAACUUUCUUCAACAUUACUGCACCAUUAGUGAACAAAAGAAAAGAAUACUCGGAAAGAAGAAUUAUAGGGUAUUCUAUGCAAGAAAUGUAUGAUGUGGUAGCGGUUGUAAGUGAAUACAAAGACUUUGUUCCCUGGUGCAAAAAGUCAGAUGUGUUAUCCAAGCGUUCUGGAUAUUGCAAAGCCCACUUAGAAGUAGGAUUUCCUCCUGUGUUGGAGAAAUACACUUCAGUUGUUACACUAGUAAGACCUCACCUCGUUAAGGCAUCAUGUACAGAUGGAAAAUUAUUUAAUCAUCUGGAAACUCUGUGGCGCUUCAGUCCAGGAAUCUCUGGCUAUCCAAGAACAUGCACCUUGGAUUUUUCAAUUUCGUUCGAGUUUCGUUCUCUUCUACACUCUCAGCUUGCCACAUUGUUCUUUGAUGAAGUUGUUAAGCAGAUGGUAGCUGCAUUUGAAAGAAGAGCAUCCAGGUUAUAUGGUCCAGAAACCAGCAUACCUCGAGAGCUAAUGCUUCAUGAAGUGCACCAUACAUAAAAUUAGAAGUGUCUUCUGUUCAUACUAUUCCGACACCUUGUUUAUAGAUGGAGGUGCUUCUCUCAUGUGGACUUCCAGUUACAGGGAGGGCAUUUAUUUGUCAAUUAUGUAAAAUAUACUACUGUACAAAACAUACAUGUAAGAUGCAGGUGUACAUACUAUAGGACCUUCUAGCAAGUGCAAUUUAAGGUGCUGUUAAGUAAUUGAGUGGCAGCUACUAUACCAAACUGCCUUCCUCAUCUUGCCAGUUUGUAUAAAACUCAGCACUGUGUCAGUUCUACUGCCUUAUUUUUGAAGUGUUAAAUAUGUACUAGUGAAAUCAAGUUUUAAGUUAUUAACCUUUUAAAUGCAUAUUUAAGUUAUUUUUUCCUGUUCAAGACAACCAAGCCUUACAUUAGUUGUGAGAAUAAUUGCUUCUCAAAGUGUAUACAUAGAAGCUACAUAUGUAAGUUCUGGUAAGUUGACAAUCCCAUUGAAAGGGCUCUAAACCAGUUUACUGUAGCACUGCAGUAAUGUUGCAAAAUUCCCAGGGCUAGCUGGACCCAUUGGAGGAAAAUGCAUAUAAUCAUGAAUUCAUUUUUUCUUAAAUGUUUUUACUCAGAACAAAUCUUAACUAUGAGCAAGGCUAUAUAUUGUACCUAAAGGCAGUUAAAUUAUAGUUCAGUGUUUGGACUUUCCAAUCCUAAUGAAGGAAUAGUUUUACUUCAUUACUGUGCUUACAGUAGUGUGGUAAAGUUUGUGGUUCAGUCCUGGUAGGGUUAUUAAUACUCUUUUAUCCAUAAAAGAAAUAAUUUAAUCCAGGUAGAUAAAGAUUAUCAUUACAAAAUCAGAGUUUGUGUAUGAUUAUGAAUUGCUUCAAUUAAUUUUGAACUUGCCCUCAAACAAAGGAUCAUCAAAUUCAACACAGGCAGUUAAUUCAAACUGCCCCUUUACACACAGUUGAAAUACAGUAUUUUAAGCACAGGUACAGGGGCCAUCCAAAGGAGUUGCCUGUGCUGUGUAAUUAGAUUGGAGGAGGGGAGAUGUGUGCUAGAAGCAACUUGGAUUAAUCUGGGAUAGCCUUAUGUCCUGCCAAGUUCCAGACUAGCCGUGUCAUGUUCUUGCAGCCAAUUCUGAAACUAUUUGAAGAUCUGAAGAGAUAUACUGCCAUAUACCAAUUUUGAAGAUUGUUUACCUUCAUUAUAGUUAUCAGGUUAUAUAAUAUGCAAUUUUAAAUUUUAAUACUAGAUGCUUACAAAUCUAUGUCCCUUAAAACAAGACAAUAUACCUGCACAAGUCAGGUAAAGUGUGUCAUCAAAUCAGUGUUGACUGCUGGCAGCCACAGAGCCCUGUGGUUGUCUUUGGUAGAACACAGGAGUAGUUUACCCCUUCCAUCUUCCAUGCAGUACGAGAUGAUGCCUUUCAGCAUCUUCCUAUAUUUGCUGCUACCCUAUAUAGGUGAUUCCCAUACCAACAGGGAUUUGAACCAGCAACCUCUGGCUUGCUAAAGUCAUUUCCCCCACUGUAUCAUUAGGUGGCUCACCUGCCUAAGUAGUCUUUGAGAAAUCAUUUGAAGUACACAAGGUUGCCUUUUUUGCUUGUUUGUGAGUGAGCAGAACUGCCAUGUUAAUACAAAUGGUAUGAAAUACUUCUGGUGAGCAUGACUUGAAGCAAUAUUUUCAGAAAUUGGGCAUAUAUAUACCUCCUGUGACCAGUAGUGUUGAUUGUAAGGGACUACCUCUUGCUGUGGUUGGGCUACCCCCCCCACCCCCCCAAAAAAGCAUCUCAACAACUAGUUGGUCACUUGGUUAUAUAAUGUUUUAAAACUGAUUUGUGACAAGUAGGAUUUGUUCAUUUUGUGAAUAAGUAAAUACAUUUCAUACCUUUGAGCAAUCUUUUAUUACAUAAAGUUGUCACAUAAUUGUAUGUCUACUUUGUACACUUUUUAUUCUGUCUUGCACACAAUGGCUUCUGGCUUUCCUAGUGACAGCAAGCACCAAUAAAGUCUGAUUUAAUAGAA